AUUUUCUCUAAAUUUCAACGGCAAUUGGGAAGUUUUUUUCCGCACGAACAUUUUCAAUUGCUCGGAUGCACAGAGCACUUGGCAGUCCGACGGCGCCAUGGACGACCCAGAUCUAGGCUUUCCGUUGCUGAAGAGUCCUCAGAGCUGCCGCAUUUGUCGCGGCCACGAAACCAGUCGGAAUGACAUGCUGAUUUCUGCGUGCAAGUGCAUCGGAUCAGUUGGCAAGAUCCACACGCAAUGUCUCAAAGCAUGGAUCUUAUCGAGGCAGCUCCCCAUGCACGAAGCCAUGGCAUGUGAACUUUGCAAAACGGCGUAUCGACUAGUACAGCGAAGGCGGCUUGCGUGGGAUCGGCGACAUGCAUUUAGUUGCAGAGCUAUGACGUACGCCACUGCAUUCGUCCUCCUCGUUGCGUGCACUGUGGGCGUGACCUGGACAGUUGGUGCAUUGCUGCCGACCGUUGGGUCGUCGAAUCUGGUCAACAUGCUUCCGUUGAUUAUGCUGUUGGUUACGUCCAUGCUGGUGGCCAUAACGUCGUUGUGGCAACUCUUUUCAAGAUGGAGAACGAAGGCGUGUAUCCUGUACUUUGAUGCUGCCGUGGAGAAUUGCUAGCUCGAUAGGUCUAAAUUUUGUAAUCGUAGCUCACAACACGAUUGAGAUAAGCACUAAACUCGUUAAGAAGGGUCACGACUUC